GAACCUCACAGCAGUUAGACCAACGAUCGAAAACUCUUGGUUUAGGAUCUUAGCAUUUGCGAUGAAUGCCAAUAAUCUUACCAAUUCAAGUCUGUUUGAAAUCUUUCACAUUUGGUCUGUCGUGUACAUAUACAAUGUCCCUGAACAUGAAAUGUUGAGUAGUUAGGAGUAAAAUAGCCGAAAUUUUUUGUCGAAGAAUAUGAUUUUCGUAAGUCAAAUUUGACAUUGACGAGGAUGAAGAUCCUCCCUUAGGGCCCCAGAAAAUCAUCCCUUAGAUCCCUUAGGACUCCCCUUGUUCCCGCUCCAUUCAUCCGAAAUCUAUAGUUCGCUUGCCUUUUGGUUCACAUAGUUACUGUCACUCCCGCAAUCAUCUCACUCCACAAAACAUUCUUUUGUCAAUCUGCAACUUUGCUGUUUCGCGUCUUAUACAAGUCGUGUGAUAAGAGAAACUAGAUAUGGUUUGUUGUAUUGUUUUCCGUAAGACUGCGUUUGGUUGGUGAAACAAUUGAUUGGGAAAGGAAUGUUUGUGAGAGGAGUGUUAUUUCCAUCCCCAAUUCGGAAAGUGGAAGGGAAAGUUUUGUAAUACUUGUACAAGGUUGCCAUCAGCUACUCGGCCAUAGCAUCGAGUAAUGGGCCAAACCUACUCAACCAACCUGACCCAUUAUAUUUUGUGAAACUGGGCCAAUAUAGAGUGCAAGCCCAAAUCGUAUCACGACUAUCCACUUGGCUGACCAUCCACCUCGCAACCAGAAUCUACCCGCCGGUCCGCCUUACUCCUCUUUCCCCAGAUUCCCUAAAACCCGCCGGACUCGGACCGCCUUCCAAUUAGUUUUUUUUCUUUUUCUUUUGCUGAUGGAGUCCGAACUCAAAGGCCUCAAUUCCAAACCGGCCAAGCAGGACCGCAACGACGGUCCGGCGUCCAAGGACGACCGCCCGCUCCUCAAACCCGACCCGGCCUCCUCCGUCUCCGCCGAGGAGCUCCAGGAGCUAGAGAAGAAAUGCGCGGCGUACGUGCGACGCGAUGUGUACGGCACCAUGGGGCGCGGCGAAUUGCCGGUGAAGGAGAAGGUGCUACUAGGGCUCGCGCUGGUGACUCUGGUUCCGAUACGCGUGGUCCUGGCCAUGACGGUGUUGGUGCUGUACUACUUGAUUUGCCGGAUUUGCACGCUCUUCAAAGUCCCCAAUCGCGACGAGCAGGAGCAGGAGGAUUACGCGCACAUGGGGGGCUGGCGUCAGGCCGUGAUAGUCCAGUGCGGCCGCGCCUUAUCCAGAGCCAUGCUCUUCGUCUUUGGCUUCUAUUGGAUCAACGAGUCAUAUCGGAUACCAUCGGAUUCCGAACCCAAACCUGCACCCCAGGGAAAAGAUGGAGCCCAAGAGAAGGAGCCUGAAAGGCCAGGGGCGAUCAUAUCGAAUCACGUUUCGUAUUUGGAUAUCUUGUAUCACAUGUCUAAUUCGUUUCCGAGCUUCGUUGCCAAGAGAUCGGUGGCGAAACUUCCUCUAGUUGGCCUCAUCAGCAAGUGCCUCGGUUGUGUCUAUGUUCAGCGAGAGUCAAAGUCAUCCGACUUCAAGGGAGUUGCAGGUGCUGUGACUGAAAGAGUUAAAGAAGCACAUCAGAAUAAAUCCGCCCCGCCAAUAAUGCUUUUCCCAGCAGAUGUGCAUUAUGUUGCAAGCGAUGCUUAUACUACUGUUACUUGGUAUUUAGUUAUCGUUAAUCUUUCUACAGAGGGAACUACUACAAACGGAGACUUUCUUCUGCCAUUCAAGACGGGAGCAUUCCUGGCAAAAGCUCCAGUUCUUCCAGUGAUUAUUAGGUAUCCUUACCACAGAUUUAGUCCUGCAUGGGACUCGAUAUCUGGGGUGCGCCAUGUGAUAUUUCUUCUCUGUCAAUUUGUAAAUCACAUAGAGGUCACGAGGUUACCUGUUUAUUACCCCUCACAACAAGAAAAGGAUGAUCCAAAACUCUACGCUAGUAAUGUCAGAAGAUUGAUGGCCAAUGAGGGCAACAUGACUUUAUCAGAUAUUGGACUUGCCGAGAAGCGGGUGUAUCAUGCUGCUCUUAAUGGUUUGUUUUCCCAAUGCUAACUUGGAUCGUCAUCUGUAUAUUCAUGUAUGAUUCUAUUUGUUAUAGGGAAAAAUUAAAACUGAUAUGGACUGCAGAAGAAUUAUUUUUUGGUCGGAGUAAGUUGAAAUGGUGCUGUGGAUUUAAGCUGGCAUUCUUAAAGCGGGCGUUUUCCGAUUGUUGUAUGUUCUCUCAGUUAACGGAGGAGGGAACGCGUUGGCGGAAGUCGAUUUGUCUCGACGAGCUCGGCUGGUAUAUAUAUUGGCUGUGAUUUUGUUUCACCAUUAUAAAGCUCUGAUCUUGGUAAAGCCAAAUAGCGCUAAUGUGUGAUGAUGUAUCUCA